GGUGCUGAGCUCGUAAAGCCUGUGGAGAGUGCCUCACUCCAGCUCACUCCUCAUUUACUCGUAGCUCAGAGCGGGUCGGACUCCCUGCCAACACGUCGCUCAGCGUUUAUACAGCGACAGAGACGCUUCAGUCAGGUGAUAUACCAGUCGGACCCGCGUACCAGCCAGGAUGCCGAUCAGAAGGGUUCUCCAAGCUGCGUGUUUGGUGGCUUCAGUGCUGAUGCUUCAGGCUUAUGAAUAUGGCAUAGAGGAGAACUACCCCGAUCCCUACCACAACGAGAUUGACGAGGAAGAUCCCAACCUGAUGGAGGCCCCGACCGACCCUCCUUCUGGCCCUUGCUCGGCCCCGGAGUUCAACAAGUGGGACAAGCUCUUCACCAUGCUGGAGAACUCGCAGAUGAAGGAGAACAUGCUGCUCCAGUACUCGGACGACAUCGUGAAGGUGGGCCUGCAGUCGCUGCGCGCCGAGGUCCUGGAGCUGAUGGCGCAGUCGAGCGGCUCCUGCGCGGCCGCCGUCGAGGGCUCGGCGCGACGGGCCGGAGCGUACGCCGAGGCGAAGCUUCAGCAAGCCCUGGAUCACCUGAAAGACCACGUGAUCAAGCACCAAUCACGGCAGGAGGAAGCCCUGCAGCAAAUCGUGGAAGCCAGUCGGGAGCAGGCGGUCCGGCUCGAUAAGGUGGAGAGCAGCUGCCUGGACGGCAGGGUCAAGAGUCUCAACACCAGACAUCUAGAGCAGGAGAACAGAGACGUGGAGGAUAAAGGAAGGCUGGCCAGAAGCCUACAAGCCAUGUCGGAAGAUCUGCAGAGCCUCCGAGAACACUUGGUGUUCUACACACAAGCCAUGGCCAGCAAAAUAGUGCCUGCAGGAUGUGACACGGCUCUGUUCUUCCCCAUGCGAUCUUCAAGGACCUACGCUGAGGUGAUCCCCCAGAAUUCCAUGCAGAGCCGCGCCUUCACCAUGUGCCUGUGGGCCAAACCGACCCAAGUGCUCAACAAGACUGUAUUAUUCUCCUACGGCACCGACAGCAACCCCCUGGAGCUGCAACUGCUCCUGAGCAAGAACAGCGCCCUCUUCACCGUGGGGGGCGAAACGCACCUGGUGGUGGCGCAGGAUGCCAUCGAGGAGGGGCGCUGGGUGCACCUGUGUGGAACCUGGAGCUCAGAACAGGGCCUGGCGUCACUCUGGGUGGACGGACAGAAAGUGGCAAACUCUCCGGGCGUGGCGGAGGGGCACGAGCUGCCCGACGGCGGGGUCGCCGUCCUGGGUCAGGAGUACGCAGGCGAGGGUCUGGCUAAACGAUUCGGCUUCCAGGAAACGUUCAACGCCGACGAGGGCUUCACGGGGAAGAUAAGCGGCGUGAACGCGUGGGACCGAGUCCUGAGCGAGGAGAAGAUCGUGGCGCAGGCUCGGGUGGACGGCAGGAGCUGCGGUGCCCGUGGGAACCUGGUGGCCUGGGGCGUGUCUCAGUUUUUGGAGAAAGGAGGAGUCAAACUCAUAUACUAGAUACGACUGCUGCUGAACAUCUUAAAUACACUCAAACGUUCCCCCAGCGAGCAACUACGUGGAUCAGUCGAUGAAUUAAAGCUGCUCCUGUCAGGGAUGUGAUUUUUAUUUACACUUCCCAAAGAACUGGAGAAACCACAAGCACCAAAGAACAAAGCAAGCAAAUAAAUAAAUAAAUAAAUACAAUGAACAAAUAAAUAAAUAAAUGAAUAAAUAAAUAAACAAAACAAAUAAAUAAAUAAAAUAAAUAAAUAAAACAAAAAAAAUAAAAAUAAAGAAAAAAUAAUAAAUGAAGAAAGGGAAAAAAAUACAUUAAUAAAUGAAUAAAAAACAAAUAAAUAAAUAAAGAUAAAAAUAAUAAAUAAAAUACAAAAAUAAAAAUAAAUAAUGAAUAAAAAUGUAUACAUUAAUAAAUAAAUAAAGUUUAAUUAAAAAAAAUAAUAAAAAGAGAAUAGAACUUUGGACGGACUGCAUUUUUAUGACUGUGUUACCAGAAAGAAUUUCCACACAUUUCCAUGUAUUAUAUUUAUACAUAUAUAUAUAUAUAUAUUUUUUACAUUUAAUAAACUGUUGCAUUACUGUAUGACCCUGUGUUAUUUUCUGUUAUAUAUCCAGUAGCGUGUUGGUUUAAAAUCUUUUUUAAAUGAAUAAUGAUUAAUUUUUUCCGUGUUUGUACUCAGAUUUUGCUGAAAUCCUCCGAUAUUAACGUUCUGUUACUGAAUGUGUGUGAAAUGUUUACAAAGUCGGGACUUUUCCUCUUUCUGUUAAUGUGAUGAUAAAUGUAUGAUACUGUAUUUGUGUUUUAUAGGGAAGAAAUGAACCCACACGCUGUCUGUUGUAUAAAGAACGUCUGUCUGUUACUGAAUGUAAAAGGUGAUUUUUAUUAUUAAAGACAUGUAUAGUACA